UGAGCAGUGGGUCCCCAGUUCCUGGCAUGAAGCCCUGGUCCUGGGGCCUGGCUGCCAGCUUCCGCCUGGGCUGGCAGAGGAGACAAGCAGUGGCCACUCAGGCUCUGAGCUGGCUGGUAUAGUGUGCCAGGGCAAGGGGGCCCUUAGGGCUUUGGGCAGGAGGGCUGAGGGCACUGCCAGUUCACCUCUCCACAGCGGGCAGCAUUUCAUGGGCGGGGCUCAGCCGUCCCAGUGCCUUCAGCCCUUUCUGUCCCUGUCAGUUGGGGACAGCAGACUGCAGUGAAGACGGUGUUUUCUUACCCUGAGCCUCCAUACCUGGCUUCCCCCUGCCCUGGCCCACUGAGCCUGGAUCCAGCUGCCCCCAUCUCCACUUCUGUGUCCUGUGCCUCCUGAACUGCCUUCCUGCCUGGUCUGAGCAGAGUCAUGGCCUUGAGGGCAGGUGACCAGAGCCAGGCUGCAAGGAAUGGGCUGAAGGAGAAGGUGCUGACGCUGGACACCAUGAACCCGUGCGUGCGGAGGGUGGAGUAUGCGGUGCGAGGCCCCGUAGUGCUGCGUGCCUUGGAGCUGGAGCAGGAGCUGCGCCAGGGUGUGAAGAAGCCCUUCACUGAGGUCAUCCAUGCCAACAUUGGGGACGCACAAGCCAUGGGGCAGAGGCCUAUCACCUUCCUGCGCCAGGUCCUGGCCCUCUGUGUAGACCCCGAUCUCCUGAGCAGCCCCGACUUCCCCGAAGAUGCCAAGAGAAGGGCGGAGCGCAUCUUGCAGGCCUGCAGGGGCCACAGCCUGGGGGCCUACAGCGUCAGCUCUGGCAUCCAACUGAUCCGCGACGAUGUGGCGCGGUACAUCGAGAGGCGUGACGGAGGCAUCCCCGCGGACCCCAGCAACAUCUUCCUGUCCACAGGGGCCAGCGACGCCAUCGUGACGGUGCUCAAGUUGCUGGUGGCCGGCGAGGGCCGCACGCGCACGGGCGUGCUCGUCCCCAUCCCGCAGUACCCGCUCUACUCGGCCGCGCUGGCCGAGCUCGACGCGGUGCAGGUGGACUACUACCUGGACGAGGAACGCGUCUGGGCGCUCGACGUGGCCGAGCUGCGGCGGGCGCUGCACCAGGCGCGCGACCGCUGCCGCCCGCGCGCGCUCUGCGUCAUCAACCCCGGCAACCCCACCGGGCAGGUGCAGAGCCGCGAGUGCAUCGAGGCCGUGAUCCGCUUCGCCUUCGAGGAGCGGCUCUUCCUGCUGGCCGAUGAGGUGUACCAGGACAACGUGUACGCCGAGGGCUCGCGCUUCCACUCGUUCAAGAAGGUGCUCACGGAGAUGGGGCCGCCGUACGCGGCGCAGCAGGAGCUCGCCUCCUUCCACUCGGCCUCCAAGGGCUACACGGGCGAGUGCGGCUUCCGCAGCGGCUACGUGGAGGUGGUGAACCUGGACGCGGCGGUGCGGCAGCAGAUGCUGAAGCUGAUGAGCGUGCGUCUGUGCCCGCCCGUGCCCGGCCAGGCCCUGCUCGACCUGGUGGUCAGCCCGCCCGCGCCCUCCGAGCCCUCCUUCGCGCAGUUCCAGGCGGAGAGGCAGGCGGUGCUGGCUGAGCUGGCGGCCAAGGCCAAGCUCACCGAGCAGGUCUUCAACGAGGCUCCCGGCAUCCGCUGCAACCCGGUGCAAGGCGCCAUGUACUCCUUCCCCCGUGUGCAGCUGCCCCCGCGGGCCGUGCAGCGCGCUCAGGAGCUGGGCCUGGCCCCGGACAUGUUCUUCUGCCUGCGCCUCCUGGAGGAAACUGGCAUUUGCGUGGUGCCCGGCAGCGGCUUCGGGCAGAGGGAAGGCACCUACCACUUCCGGAUGACAAUUCUCCCCCCCAUGGAGAAGCUGCGGCCACUGCUGGAGAAGCUGAGCCGCUUCCACACCAAGUUUACCCACGAGUACUCCUGAGACCUGCUCCUGCUGCCCGGGGGGCUGGGCCUCUGGAUCUCUGCUGGUCCCUAAUAAAGCUGUGUAACAGUGUGA